AUGUCUUUCGGCGGCGGUUUCGGAGGCUUCGGCCAAACCAAUAACAAUAACGCCCAACCCUCAGGAUUUGGAGGUUUUGGUGCGACCAACAACACCACCACUCCAGGAGGUUUUGGCGCAACCAACACUGCCGGCGGUUUCGGAGCGAAGCCAGCCUUUGGAUCUACCACUGGCACGACAGGCGGCGGCCUCUUUGGUUCCGCUGCCACAAAUACCACUGCUACUACUGGCACAGGAUUUGGAGGCUUCGGAAACACUGCGAACAACACCGCUACGACGUCGGCGUUCGGCGGCAACACAGGAGGCGGCAUGUUUGGAGGCAACACUGCCAACAAGACUGGCUUCGGCGCUGCGGCCACCACAGGUGGUUCGCUCUUCGGUGGAGGCGGCACCACCACGACCAACCCCUCGACUGGUUUUGGUUCUGGCUUCGGUACUGCCAACAACAACACCAUUGGCGGCGCUGCGGGCGACCCUCCUGGCACUGCUAUUACACCUUUCCAGGCCCAUACUGAGAAAGAGCCCAGCAGUACUGCAACCAACUCAUACCAAAACGUUCUGUUCCAGGACCCUUACCAGAAGUGGUCUGCCGAGGAACUUCGACUUACCGAUUAUGUCCAAGGGAGACGGCAUGGCAAUGCUACUGGCGGUGGUGCGUUUGGAGUGAGCUCCGGUUUUGGCGGAGGGUUUGGCGCUAACACGAACACCACCACAACUUCAGGUUUCGGAGCGAACACAACGGCCAACACUGGUGGCGGUCUCUUUGGAUCAAACACAGCCAACAACACCACAACCCCAAGCACUGGUUUUGGAUCCACUGGUUUUGGUGCCGCUGCCAACAACAAUACCGCUACUGGCGGAGGAUUGUUUGGCAAUACCGCUAACAAGCCUGCUGGAGGUCUCUUUGGCGGCAACACUGCGCAGACGAACACGACUGGUGGUGGUCUCUUUGGCGGAGGAGGAAAUACUGGCACAACAGGUGGUUUCGGCGCAACAAACACGACUGGAACUGGCUUUGGUCAGACGAACACCAACACGGCGGGAGGUGGUCUCUUUGGCAACACCCAGAACAAACCUGCUGGUACCGGCUUCAGUUUUGGCAACACAAACACCAACACUACUACAAGUGGGUUUGGAGCUGCUGCUGGUACGACGAACAGCGCUUUCGGAACCAACAAUGCGACACAGAGCACGGGCGGUGGCCUCUUUGGUGGCCAGAACAACACCCAAGCUGCCGGUACCGGUGGUGGCCUUUUUGGCCAGAACAACAACCAGGCUCAGCAAACUACUGGCUCCGGUCUCUUCGGUGGCCAAAACAACCAGGCUCAGCAGCAAUCUGGUGGGUUGUUCGGCAAUAAGCCUGCUGCUUCUAGCGGCGGUCUGUUUGGAGGUGGUGCUACGGCUCAGACGAACACUGGCGGUAGUCUCUUUGGAAACACCCAGCAACAAACAAACACAGGUGGCUUUGGCGCAGCUGCCAACAAUACUGCUUCUGGCGGUCUGUUUGGCAACAAGCCUGCUGCUCCUAGUGGCGGUCUGUUUGGAGGUGGUGCCACGGCCCAGACGAACACUGGCGGCACUGGGAUGUUUGGUGGUCUAGGCUCGAACAACCAAGCCCAGCAAAACACCGGCACCGGUCUCUUUGGCAGCGCCAACAACCAGCAGCAGAAGCCUGGUAUGUUCGGUAGCAGCACAAAUAAUACUGGUGGCGGCGGUCUCUUUGGAGGCCAGAAUAACCAAAGCGCUGGUAACUCGUUGUUCGGCGGUAGCACGAAUCAGCAGCAGCAGCAGCAGAAUGGGGCUUCAAUUCUCGGCAACAGCCAAUCUGCCAACGCUCCUCAAGGUCUAACUGCCAACCUUAAUGAUGUCUCUGCAUUCGGAUCUCCUGGACUAUUCGCUGGCUUGGGAGGAAACGAGGUCCAGAAUCCUGGCCCUCUCGCUACCCCUCUUAGCGGCGGCUCCAAGCCUAGGAGGAGCUCCAUUCUGCCUAUGUACAAGCUGGCCCCUGCCUCUGCCUCUCGAUACGCCACCCCCCAAAAGAGAGGAUUCGGAUUCUCCUACAGCGCCUAUGGAACUCCCUCAGGCAGUCCAGCAAGCAGCAUUUCCAGCACACCUGGCAACCUCGGCCACAGUCUGUUAGGAUCUAGCAGAUCUGGAAACCUCAGCAAAAGCUUGUCAAGCAACAACCUGCGCCGCAGCUUUAAUACCGAAGACAGUAUCCUUGCCCCUGGAGCUUUCUCUAAUGGAGCUCAGCCCAGAUGCACUCCUGUACGUGGUGCACUGCCUGCUGCUAGCGAUGUCGACAGUCCAGCCAACGAUGAGACCCCUCGCCAGUCCCGCGCAACUAACGCAUCGCCCGGCUCAAAAACCCCCGAGAUGGAGGAAGUCAAGGGCAAUGAGCUGGCUAUCGUUCACGAGGAGGAUGUCAUUGUGACUCCAGAGGCAUCCUCUAUCAGCAGUCCUGACAACACUCCUGGCCAGUACUGGAUCUCACCUCCCAUGGAGGAUCUUGAGAAGUUGAACCGUAUGCAGCGACAAAAGGUUGACCAAUUUACCGUGGGCCGUGAUAAUGUCGGCUACGUGUCUUUCAAGGUCCCUGUUGAUAUCAGCAACAUUGACCUCGCUGACAUUUGUGGCACUCUGAUUGUGCUUGAGCCUCGCUCCGCCACUGUCUACCCCGUUUCUGCUAAAAAGCCUCCGGUCGGAAAGGGCCUCAACGUGCCUGCAAAGAUUGCGCUUGAGCAGUCCUGGCCCCGUGGUGGUCGUGAUAAGAGGGUUGCCAGCGACCCCAAACGGUUUAACAAACAUGUGGAGCGUCUCAAGCGAAUCGAGAACACCACUUUUGAGAGUUACGACAAGGAUACUGGCGUCUGGGUCUUUUCGGUUGAACAUUUCACUACCUAUGGUCUUGAUGACGAUGACUCUGAUGAUGAGGAUAUGGCCGAGGGCGAGGCUGUUCCUACUCAAGAGAUGGCUUUCGAUAACUCCAUCAAUUCUGUGGACUCUCUCACAGCAACCAACUCUUUCGACUUUCAGAGUCAUCGUGGUCUGCCUGGCGGAUUUGAUGAGCAGCCACAAGUUUUAGAAACCCAGAUGUCUGGUCAGCAGUCUUUUUUAGGGGUUAGCUCCGCGGAUUCUGCACCCAACGAUGUCAGGCUGUCCCUCGAGGACGAGUAUGCCGAUGACAUGGGUGACGAAUAUGACGUGUCCGAGGAUGAAGACAUGGCGAGGUCUUCUCUCGAACAGCAUCUGGCCGCGGAGCUCGACGAUAACUCGUCCGAGGGUGUCCCAGAAGCCGUCAAGGCUACCCCUGGAGGCAUUCUCAGAGCUAGAAUGCGAGCUGUGAAGGACUCUGCUGGUCCAAUGCAGCUCGAAGUUGCAGAUGGCGACGAUUGGAUGGAAAUGUUGAGAAAGACUGUCAGCCCAGUCAAGCGAGAUCGACAACUUUUGAGAGAGAUGAAUGAGUCCCCAUCAAGAAAAACUGGCGUGUUGAUUGAUCUUGACAAGAGUGGAGCUGACACCAUGCGGAAAUCAUCAAUCUGGAGGAAGAGCACGGCAAAGCAAGAUAGAUUGGAUAAUCUUGCGGCAAGCACCAUUGGCAUGGAUAAAGGUCGUGGGUUUGCGACUAGCAUCGAUCUCAUGAACUCACUGUUUGAGAAACCCAAGCCAGCAUCCCAAAAUAUGCUAGCCUCAAUGUCUGGCAAAGGCUUUCCCAAGUGGCCCUACCAGAGACAAGACAAGACGAUGAGCUUGGACGGAUACGAGAAAGCCUUCCACGACGCUGGCCGACCUACCUGGGGACCGGAUGAGAUGCUUGUUGUACCUCGACCCCUGGGCUCGGAUGGUGGUCGACGAUCCCUCACCCAACAUGCCGAUAUCCUUUCUUUCCAGCGCUCUACAGUACAGACCGAGAAACAAGAGCUCCGCUUAGCCACCUUUGCAACUGAGCACUCCAAGCGAUACCUUGGUAACCAGGACAAGCUUACUGACAUUCGAAUUGUUGACGAUGUCCCCUUUGCGGUGCUCAACGCUGCUCAUCUCGAGGACGUUUUCCACCAUCAGGACAUGAAUGAUCCCGCAAGCAUGCAGGAGAAGCAUGUGUGGGAGCUGGCCAGCAUUCUUUUCGACCCACUUGACCAAUCUACCCAAUCUGAACACCUCCUUCGCAGAACCAAGCUUUCUCACUUCUGGUCUCAUUUGGUGGACUCGGCUUCGUCAACAACCAUUGGUCUUGCUAGAUCGAGUGAUGAAAAGGCCGUCGCUUGUUUGGCCGGUCAUCGCAUCGUUGACGCAUGCAAGCACCUUCUUGAUGGAAAGAACUUUCGCCUUGCUACGCUGGUUCCCCUUAUUGGCACCAGUGACGCUGUCAAGAAGGACAUGCGAGAACAGCUCAAGGCUUGGCACGAAUCGAAAAUGCUUUCGGAGUUUUCCGAACCGAUCCGUACUAUCUACGAGCUUCUCUCAGGCAAUGCAUGCGUCUGCGAAGGGAUGAAGGGCGUACCAGUCGAGGAUCGUCUGGAUUCUUUUGUCAUCUCGAAGAAGUUCGGUCUCGAUUGGAAGCAAUCCUUUGGCCUUCGCCUUUGGUACUCGAUCGGCCAGGACGAUGAUUUGGCGGCUGCAGUGACUGGGUUCAAGAAUGACAUUGACCAGGAGAGAGAGUAUCUGCCACUGCCUUGGUACAUUGAUCAAGGUGUCAAGCCUCUCUGGGAUGAUGUCGAUGCUGAAAGCCGACAAGAUCUUCUCUGGGGUCUUUUGCAAAUGUAUGCCAGCGAUGCUUCUGACCUUGAGGCUGUGUUGCGCCCCGAGAACUCACAGCUUUCUCCUCUUGACAUGCGCUUGACGUGGCAGCUUGGUCUCGCUCUCUCAUCCAGCGGCAAGGUUUCCUUCGGCCAAGACGGUGCAGAGAAGGCUGACGCAGCUACCGUUGCGUUCGCUUCCCAACUCACUAGUGCUGGUGAAUGGCUUGAGGCUGUAUUCGUUCUGCUGCAUCUGAGCAAGCCACUUGCCCGCAAGAUGGCUAUCCAGGAGCAUCUUGCUCGGCAUGCUGGUCUUAUUGGAGACGAGAACUCGACCGCGUUCAGUAUCCUUACAGAGAAGUUUUUGAUCCCUUCAUUGUGGAUUUGGGAGGCCCUGGCUUUAUAUAUGCGCAGCGUGAAGAAGGAUGCGUACUUGGAGGUUCAGUGUUUGUUGCGUGCUGCUUCCUUUGUCGAGGCUCAUCGCGUUCUCGUCAAGGAGGUUGCCCCACUCGCCAUCGUCGAGCGCGACUACGCAAAUCUAUCCGCUCUCAUUUCUCAAUUCGAGGGCCGACAGGAACUCAUAUCUGAUUGGUCAUUGGGAGGUGAGAUCUACAGCUUCUUCCUUGCUCUCAUACAGCACCGUGCCAAGCACGAGAUUCCGCCACAACACAUUCUGGAGAAGCUCCUGGCUGGUCUGCACGCGAUGGACAAAGAAGCAGGAGAGGCUGGUGUUCUAAGAUACGCUGCUGUGUCGGAUAUGGCAGAUGAGACUGCCAAGGAGAUUAUCAAGGCCAGUAAGAAGAAACAGGAUACGGAACUAAGGUCUAGAAUACUUAACUUGCCUCUGACACAAGACCGUUUACUGGCUUACUCGGUCGAUUUGAGCAUGGAACGAUACCGGGAAGUAAUGUCCCACUAG